UUCAAAAUGGAGCUUUAUGAAAAUAAUAAGCCAAGGUCGCUGAAUGACCUUCCUCCGGAGGUGUUCAGGUUCUGCAUCCUUACGACUGAGUCUAUCCAUGGCCAUGAUAGUGAAGAUGAACCAAAAGAUGGGGAAGACAAGAAGAAAAGAAAGAAUAUUAGCUACUUUACAUCAAAAGAAUUAUUUUUGUUCAGAGGUGUCUGUGGGAGCUGGCUAGAUGCUGUCAGACUCACCUGGUGCAAGGUUGUCAAGGACGAGAUUCUCGAGCAGGUGCAGUCUCUGGAGUUUCUGUAUGAAAAGAAAAUGCUCCUCAGUUAUUAAAGCCUCAUAAUAAAUACUUUCUCAUCUCUUAACUUUAAUUCGGUAGUGAGAGAUAUUGUAAGCCAAGGUGAUACGCGAGGCCUAAUCAUCUGACUCAUAUGCUGCAUGGUAAUAAAUCCUGAUGAGUAUAUACCUUCCUCUGUUGAUGAUAUUUCAUCGGAUUUGCUAGAAAAUGCAGUAAAUUACAUGAGAACGCCAGAAUUCUUUGAGAUAUUUCAGAAGAUUGGCCAAAUUGAUGCGAUCCCCAAACUUAGUUUUCAACAGAUGAGACUAAUAAAAACCGAGUAUAUCGACAGAUUUUGCCAUCCUGGCAGUAACUCCCCUCUAACAAAUUCUGCAAAAAUUCUAGCUUCAUGGCUUGACGCCAUCCUUGAGUUCACCGUUCUGAAAUAUGAAGCAUUGAUCAACACAGUCAAGAAGAAAAACUCUUUGAUCAACAGUGAAUGGCCUCUAAAGAAGAUGUUCAUUGAAAGAGCAUACAAGAUUCUUCUUUUUACAAAAAGAGUCAAGCCUGAGAUAAAUCUGACCAUGGAGUACUUAAGGGACAACAAUCUCUAUGACUUCAUGAACAAAGAGAAUAUGAACAAGAACAAAGUUUAUCUCAAGAUCAAAGAGAUAGAGAAGAAAGAGCAUAUGCUUUUGGAACAAAAGAAGGAAAUAGAAGCCUGUACUCAUUGAUUAGAUUAUGGAGGCCAAACAGAUCAAACGAGUUCUGUGCAGAUGGCAAAUGGGCAAGCCCAGUCUGAGACUGAUAACCCUGUUGCACAGGAAAACCACAUUGAAAAUACAGAUCAGUCAAAUAUAGGGCACUCAAAUGAAAUGCAAAUCCAAACUGAUGAAAUUGUGGAUCAAGAUGAUCAUGAUGAGGUUGAAAUCCAAACACAACAAAUGGAACCUCAUGAGCACCACACUCAAAGCAGAGAUAGGCAAGUUGAAGUUUAUGAACAAAACGAAGAAGUUAUUAACACUUCUACCCAACCCCAAGAAGAAGAACAUAAAAUACUUUCAGAAGGAGAUGAAUCGAGAGAUGAAAACUCAGAUACUGAAAAUGAUCCAAACGGAUGAUAUAACUCUAUUAGUGAACGGUACCAUGUUCAAGCGAUGAAGAACAAGAGGCGCAGAGAUAGAGAAGCUCGGAAACGAGCUCAGCCUCCUGAUCUUAGUCAAAGAACAGAGUAUGUAAGAUCCCAAAUGCCUGAGCAAUCUCAGCAACAAGAAAAUGGAGAGCAAGAUGGAAUGGCUGAAAUACUUUCAACUCAACUUUUCGGGCAAAUUUUGGCACUUGGAGAUGUCUUCCAAAACCAAGUUGCUGAAAAGGUUGGAGAAGAACUUCAGAACAUCAAAGGAAAAUACCUGUCAAUAUGGUAUGAGCAUCUCUUCCAGUCACGGAUAUUCCUCGCAGAUCGUCACGAAAAGGUAGAAAGAGCUUUACAGAAAGCAGGAUUAAUUCCAAAAGACAACGAAGACUCACCAGAUAACGAGUGAGAAGAGUUCGAUUUCGAAGAAAUGGGCGAAAUCCUUGAGUCAAAACUCCAAGACCCCGAAAUCCUAUCCCAAAUCCACCAAAACAUCCUCGAUGAGGAAGAAAAUGAAGAAAUCUAAU